AGGGGAGAUGUUUGCAUCACAGACGGCCAGUUCUAUAUAUAUGGAGAGGCUAUAGAGAGAGAGAGAGAGAGAUAGGUUUUGGUUUAUGAAGGAUUUGAGAAUGGAAAUGGGUGGAGAACAGAGUAGGACUAAUGACGCACAACCCGAAGCUACAUGGAGGAAGCUGAGGCGCCACGAUUCUCUUGAUAUGGAAUCCGCCAAGCUCCCCACAUCCCACCACCACCAUCAUCAUUAUCCCUCCAAGCAUGGAGGGUCAUGGUGGGUGAUAAUGCAAUUGGCAUUCCAGAGCAUAGGGGUGGUGUACGGGGACAUUGGCACGUCUCCGCUCUACGUGUUCGCCAGCACCUUUCCCGACGGCGUCAACCACAGCGACGACAUCAUUGGAGUUCUCUCCAUCAUCUUCUACACAAUCACCCUCCUCACCCUCCUCAAGUACGUCUUCAUCGUCUUGUACGCCAAUGACAGCGGCGACGGGAAGAUUGUUUAGAUAUCAGUUGCAAGUGGGCAUCAUUCACCUAAUUGGCGAGAUUGAGGUGAUUGCAGGCAAAGGAGCUGGGAUGGGAAAAAGGAUUCUAAUAAAUUAUGCUUACAAUUUCUUGAAGAGGAACUUGAGGAAAAAUGAAAAAGUGUUUGAUAUUCCACACAAAAGAAUGUUGAAGGUGGGAGUAACCUAUGAGUUUUAGAGGAUCAAAUGAAUAUGAUAGUUCUAUUGAGAAUGUCUAAAUAAUUGCAGACUGCGGAGCAACAGAUUGGAGGCAGUGUAUUAUUGAGUAGUUGAGUAGUUGGUUAGCAAACUUAGCAUGAAGAUAUGCAAAGUAAGCAUCAUGUUUGUUCCAAUAGAACUAUCAUAUUCAUUUGAUCCUCUAAAGCUCAUAGGUUACUCCCACCUUCAACAUUCUCUUGUGUGGAAUAUCAAACACCUUCUCUAAACCUCUAUGUGGUUUGUCAUGGUUUCUGUUCCAAGUACUUCAUGGUUACGUGUAGUUUGUUUUAAGAAUACAGUUUCUAUUCUCAGUCUUUAUUUAAUGUAUAGACAAAUAUAUGACCAAUCAUGUUGGAUAGGUGAUUUCAUUUUUCUUUUCCCUUUUCAAAACUGGGAGAGUAAUGCAUGCACAUCUGCCCAUCAGAAUUGGCGUGGGUAUGCCUUGAAUGUGUCAUAAGAAAUUCCAUUCCAUUUGAAUCACGAAUUUUGGAUAAUCCAUAUUACUAUA